CAUGUUUAGAAAUAUAAAAAAUGCGCCGACCUUUCUUGCUCUGUCGUGUCAUCCCAACAGACUCCAUCAGAGCAUGCUCUGGCGACAAAGUGGAUACCUUUGACCGUGACAGCCGCAGAGGUGACACCUCUCCCCAGACCAACAAUUCGGGCCCACACAAGCAGCAGACGCACCGACGACCGAACAAGCACCCGUGCCGCUUCUGUCCUUACUCAAGCUCUUCCACCACGGCUGUCGCCGUUCAUGAGAGGACUCACACUGGCGAGAGGCCCUUCAGUUGCGAUGCCUGCGAAAAAACGUUUGCGAAUAAGUCUCACUUGGUAUCUCACGUUAAAAUUCACACCGGAGAGAAGCCGUUCAAGUGCAGCACGUGCGGCAGGGCAUUUAGUCAUAAAAACACCUUGGUGGAUCACGAAAGGAUUCAUACAGGAGAGAAGCCAUUCAGGUGCAACACGUGCAGCAGGGCGUUUACUCAGAAAUGCAACUUGGCUGGUCAUGAAAGAAUUCAUAGAGGAGAGAAGCCGUUCAGGUGCAAAACUUGCAGCAGGGCGUUUACUCGGAAGUACCAGUUGGCGAAUCAUGAGAGGACUCACACCGGAGAGAAGCCGUUUAAGUGCAAGACCUGCGGUAGAGCGUUUGCGACUGAUGCCAAUUUAUACAGUCAUCAGAAGAUACAUCGCAAGUGAUUGAAACCCUUACGUGCAUCAUAGUUGUGAAAGGGGUUUAAACGAAAUACUCGAGCAUCGACGUGUGUUCAUUUGGCUUGGCGAUAGGCCUGCAGGGGUUCUACUUGCGAGCAGUGUGUGUUUCACAUGGUUCAAAAUGUUUCAGCCUCUUAUUUACUGUAUAAACACGGAUAAAAAAAUGUGAAUUUACCUUAGACGAAGCGACCAGAGUUCUUUUUUGUACACGAAAAAAAGAAAAUACUUGAAGCCUAAUCUUUUUUUAUUAAUUUAUAGUCAUUGAUCAUGUGAUGCACCUGGAAACUCUGGGUUGUCUGUAGGGUCACUUGUGUUCCUUACAGGUCGGCCUACUCAUGACCAUAAAUAUACAAACUCAUAAAAUAACUAAGAUCUUUCAAUAGCAGCAAUCUUGAAUAUUGCAAAUGUUAAGAAAAGUUCAAGAAAAACCGAGUAAUGCGGAGGGGUCAACAUAAUUUUAAGAUGUAAAAAUAAAACUUUAUUCGAAACUAUUUAACACACCAAGCUGGAAACUAAUGCUUUACUCAUAGGACUGCAACAGUAUAUACGUGACUCGAAGGUUUAGAAAUGCAGUGUAAUUUCCUAUCUCGUUUCGUGAUAUUCUUCGUCCUUUUUCUUUUUGAUUGGUUUGAGUAUCUUAAUUCUGAUGGUGUCAUUCAAUGUGCUUGCUACAUGAAAUACUUGUAUGUAUGUUUUCCUUUUGCAUGAUUUUAUUAUUUUUUUUGCACAUUCAUGAAAACGGCCCUGAUCAUUUAGGAUAUCCAUACUUUUAGUGCUAUUCAUUUGGUGUUCAUAUAUGCUUUGUUUCACCCUAGGCAAGAGCGCGGACAAUGUUAUGAGUUGGAGGGCCAAUAAAACGGUGCAGAAAGCGCAACGCCAUGGCGUGCUCUCUGCGCUUGAUAGGACUAGCCGGUGGAGGAGCAGGCACAGAGAGAUGGCGAAUACGGGCUAGUCCUAUAGUCCUAUGAACUGCAAAGAACUCGUCAUGGCUCUGUGCCUCUUUCGCUGUUUGAUUGGUCCUUGGGCUCGUAACAUCGGCCACGCUCGGACCUAAGCUGAAACGAAGCACGGUUUCACUUGAAUUCGUCAGGCCUUUAAAUAUUCGGAAUUCCUCUUGUAGUAGACGGAUCACACACAUGUGUUGUACUAAAGGCAUAAUUGACUUCAUUGUGUAUAUUCAUGUAUCUAAAAAAUGUAUAUGCGUAAUCCAUCUAAAUCGCUCUCAAUCUGCGCUGAGUGUACAGUGGUUGUCACUAUUGUCUUAUGUGCCAGAAUUGAUGGAGGUGGAGUCCUGUUCCCAAACGUAUAAAACAUUUGUUUUGACAUAUAUACUGUGUGUUUCCGGAAAAACGGGCGAAAUCGCUACUGCAAAACUAUGCAUUGCACAAAAAAGAAGCCUGAUCGCAUAGUGGUGUGUGUCCAAGAAAAAUUGCUAGAGCUCAAUAUAAUGGAAUAUUUAAUAAAUUCUGAGUACUUAAAUUGUUAAAUAUUAGUCUUAAAGGGAUGGUUUCAAAGAUAAAAUUGCUCGGCAUCAUCGAGAACGACUAAAUGCACCCAUGUUAUAAUGGCAUGAGGCAUGCGCAGCAUUUUACGGCGUUCUGAAAAAAUGCCCACUUUGGACACGUAUCUGGCUCUCGGUUUCUUAUCGGAGAGCAUCUCCUCGUGGUCAAUCUCGCCUCCCCAUUGCCCGCGUGGAGAUGCACUUCGAUAAAAGCCGAAAACAAGACAGGCUUCUAAAUUGAGUAUUUCUUCAGAACGCCGUAAAAUGCUGCGCGUGCCUCAUAUCAUUGUAGCGUAGGUGUUUUAUCGUAGUAUUCAAUGAUGCUCAGCAAGAUUCUAUUAGAAACCAUGCGUUUAAAAUCAAUAAUUAGCAAUUCAUUUAUUAAAUAAAAUACCCAACUUUAUUGAACGCUAAAAGUUUUUCUUGAUGGCAGGUGCAAAGGGCCAAGGCCGGCAGGGUGGUGGAAGCUACGAGCCCGUUUGACCAGUCGUACGUCGAUCUUUCGAAGCGUGCCCGCGCACCCAGCAAUAUCCACGCAGAGGGCGUGGUCAGGCGAUAAAAGGGAGGCGGUUGUCUGGUCCGGCAAAUAUGUAGCUCCCGCCGCACUGUCAGCUUCAAGGGGCUGUGCAACGAUUUAGGGUAUUGGGCUUUCGGCACCUGUGGGACCCAAGCACUAUUGUGCCCGUUACACAAAACAUGUAACAAACUAGCGUCACUCAUUAGAUCGUCAAAACUUAACGAGUUCUGAUAUUCGUUACCGUCCUAAGAACGUAACAAUAUACCCUUACGGUUACUUUUAAAAAAGAAUGAACGUUACUUUUGCGCCAAUUUGAAUAUUACUCAUAUUCGACAGUGGAAGGCCGAGGAUAUGAACUUAGACGACAGUUCAACUUCUAUGGAGUCAUUUCUUUGUGUGUUAUUAGUUUGUAAGAUUUGUUGCAUAUGUUUAUUAUUUUGAAAACUGGCUUUAUUGACUGUGCUCUCUUUUAUUUUCUCUUUUUCGCAAAUAAUUCAUUAAUUUUUUGCACGACAAUAAGGGCUCAGCAAUAAACUUUGGUUGAAUAAAACGCUGGUUUGAACAAAGAAGUAACCACAUGUCGCCAAACUUUUUCCCCAUUUGAAGGGAUACACUCUUGGGAGUAUUUAUAGGUACUCCCAUGAAAAUGGUGUGUAAUGCAUUAUAUUACAGUAUACCCCUUUUUCUUGAGAAUGUUGCAAAGGCUCUCCAAUUUAACUGUUUUAGAAAGUGGGCGAACCAGCGCACUCUGUUGGGCAUGCGCGGAGUGGAGAUUGCAAACAGCUUCGCUGAUUCUUUCAUGAGUUUGUUCUGAAAGCCCUUAAACCCGGUUGUAAGCGCACCUAAAGCAGGGCUAUUAAAGGUCUGCCACGAAGCAGUCCGGACAUGAA